AUGUGCACUCCAGAAGAAUUGUGUAAAAUAAUUUGUGACUCCCAAAGCAGUUCUUGUUCUCUUGAUCUGGUCAAAAUUUUGUCAAUCUGUAUUGGCAAUGACAUCAUUGAAUUUUCCACAUCUGUCCGUAGCCAGUUUUGUCAUAAUUUACUGGAACUAACAGAUAUAUAUUUAAACAAAAGAGGGUGCAUCGAUGGUAUCACAAUUGAGAAUGGAAAAAUAAGUUGGAUGCAAACUGCUAAAAGCACAAUUUUCAGUGGGCGGUUGGAAGUUCCUAAUGAUGAUGUUAAAAGCCAUGACUAUACUAAUACAAAUGACAGCGAGUAUGAAAGUACUCUUGAUGAUGACAAAUUUUCAACCGAAAGUAUCAAAAACGUUCACGUUAUUAAACAAUCUCCACAUCUUCUUGGUUUCACCUAUCUUCGUGACCGUCUGAUAUGGAUUGAUCAGAAUCGUCUGCACGUUGCCUCUGAAGAUUCCACAUCUGAUGAUUUCGUCAAAACCAUUCUAAUAAAUGAUAACGUUAAAUACGUUUCUAUGGUAACAGCUGAUAAAGACAUUUAUAAGAAAAGUAAAAUGAUAUUAACUUUUUAA